AUGACUGCAGUAAAAAAAAAUAAUGAAAAACAUUCUACCAAAUACUUGAAUUUAACUGAUUUUGAACGUCUUGAAAGCCAUGUUGAAUCUGAAGGCGAUUUGUUGAUAAAAAAAUUAUCUUUGAAACAAACUGAUAAACAUUUAACUCUUGAAAAGCACUUGAGUCAAGAGCGUGAUUUUAUUACCAGUCAUGAAUACAUUUCUAUCACCGAAAUCACUAAAGGAGAAAUCGCAUUGCCUGAGUUUUGUACUAAAGUCAACGAAGCAUCUUCUAAUCAAUUAAAUUCUAAUACUAAUCAAAAACCUUCUGUAAAAGUUUCAGAUUGUUUGAGUCGUCAUGAACGAGAAUUAGCAUUAUGCGUAAAACCUAAUAGUACCGAAACUAAACUUUUAGCAUUUGCUUUAUCAUGUGAAGCAAAUGAAAUUCCUAAACUAAACAAUAUACUUCCUAUUGAUCAUCCAAUCAAUCAUCUUGAUCAAAUACAUGAUGAACAGUUUUCUCAUCUCAAUGCUUCACCAAUUAAAACUUCAAAAAUGAUUAGAAGAAAACGAAAACAACUUCUUCAAUCUUAUAAAAAACCAAUCGAGAUACCCGAAAAACCAAUAAAACAUUAUUCUAAUCCUAAAUCUCUUUGGGAUUUAAAAGAUUGUACAUCAAACUCUGACUUAAAAUUAUAUACGUGUGAAGCAUCAAAACGUACAGAACAGUGUAUUGGUGUAUUAGAAAUAGCAAAUGAAGAAAAUAAAGUUAACAAUUUUUCAAGUUCUAUCAAUGGCCAGCGUUUUGUUGCUAAUUGCACUCAAGUUCCUAUAAAUAAUUAUACUAAAAUGAGUAAAGAUAAACUAAAAACUUUAUCUUAUUUUCAAAACUAUCAAAAAGGAAUCCCAUCAAAAAUAUUGUAUGUGAAAAAUAUUGCCAAAAGUGUUUGUGAAAAACAAUUGAUAUCUGUUUUUGGAAAGUACAAACAAUUGCAAAAUUCAGACAUAGUUUAUAGAUAUAUGAAAAAAGGAAAAAUGAAAGGACAAGCUUUUAUUGAAUUUGAAAACAUUGAAGUGGCAGAAAAAGCAUUAGAAGAAAAUCUUGGACUUAUACUCGAGGAAAAGCCAUUAAUUAUUGAAUUUGGGAAGAAAUGAUUAUUGUCGAUAAUUUAAAUUGCAAAUUCAAGUUUCAUUUUGAAAACAUUCUUUUGAAAGAUAUAUUGACGCAGUCGUACAAUGCUGUUAUUCGUGUACCACGAUAAAUCGCCAAUAAAAUUAUUGCUUCCCCAAUUCCAAUGCAGUUAUUACACUACCAAGCAAAGUAUACUUAUCGUACUUCUUACACAUUAUACACCUAUGUAUAAUUGGUGUAUGAUAUUGAUAUACAGUAUACCAUAUAUGCGAUAUAUAUAUAAUAUACAAUUAUACACUUGCGUUGAAAUGCAAGCACACAAUAUGUAAUUACACGGUUUAUGCACAUAAAUAUAUAUUUUAUAUAAUGAAAAUAUUAUACAGAUAUAUGUGCAUGUGUGUGAUGGUCGCAAUCUACGUAAUACGAUUUCAAAACUUCCCGAAUAAUAAUACAAAACAGCGUCAAAAUAUAUUGUGGAAACGGACGAACGUAAACCGCAUUUACUAAUAGUUUACAAAAUAUACUUCGACGUCAGUAGAAAUUCACGAAGAUUAUAAUAAUAUAUUUGUGUUGUACAAGUGCCACCUAACGAUUAUAGUGAUUAUACUGUACCGAAGACGUAUAGACCCACGUCAUUAGUAUUAAAAUGGUUUUCGAGUACACAGUAAUCGAUGGAUCUUCUGAAUUAUCACAAAACAGAUUCACUAUUUUUGUGCAGUUUACUAUUGAAAUUUAACAUAGUACGUAUACUAUCCAUUCGAUUCUACAAGGUAAUUUAUUAAAG